GCCGGGCCAGGUCUAAUGACCUUCGGCCCAUCCAGGGUUGUGGGUAUGUAUGAAGCCUACGAGAUAUUCGUUGGGAUCUCGUGGGAGGCCUCUCUCGGGGGCCUUUGGAGUCAGUCUGGGGGCCUUGGGGGGCCGUUCAUGUGGCCUCCUGGGGCCUCUCUUAGGCCUCUUGGGCGCCUCUCUUGGGGCGUCGAGAUCCAGGACGUGCGCGGGGACCUCCGAGAGUUGACGUGUAUGCUUGUGCUGUUUCUUCUAGGUACUUUCCGACCCAGGCCUUCAACCUGGCCUUCAAGGACACUUUCAAGAAGAUGUUCCCCAAGUACAACCCCAAGACCGAGUUCCCGAUGUUCUUCGCCGCGAACCUGGUCUCCGGCGGGCUGGCCGCAGCGGGCAGCCUGACCAUCGUGUACCCCCUCGACUACGCCAGGACGCGCCUCGCCUCGGACGUGGGCUCCGGCAAGAAGACGUUCACCGGCCUUGGGGACUGCAUCUCGAAGACCAUGAAGGGCCCGGGUGGCUUCAUGGCGCUCUACACGGGCUUCGGCGUGUCCGUCGUCGGCAUCGUGGGCUACCGUGGCCUGCAGCUCGGCUGUUUCGACACCAUCACUGGCCUGAACCCGUACAAGAAGGACAAGGGCUUCAUGGGUGCGUUGUCGACCUUCGUCGCGGCCCAGACCGCCAUCACCAUCGGCGCGGGCGCCACCUACCCCUUCGACACCGUGCGCCGCCGCCUGCAGAUGCAGUCCGAGAAGCCCGUCGAGGAGCACCUCUACAAGGGCACCAUGGACUGCUUCAAGAAGAUCGCCGCCGAGGAGGGCCUGGCCAACGGCCUCUACAAGGGGUUCCUCGCCAACGUCGUCCGCAGCGUCGGUGGCGCGCUGGUGCUCGUCUUCUACGACCGCGCCAAGAACCUGCUCGGCCUCUGAGUGCGGAGCGAAGAGGCGCGGCGCGUGCCACUCCGCCGUGCCGCUUCGUCGGAGGGCGCAGGGCGGAGGCCGUCCGCUGGCCCCGGGGCCUGCCCCGGGCCCGGGCUCGGCGCGGGGGGCUCGGCUCGGCCCCGCCUGGGCUCGGCCCCGGGCUCUGCCCGGGCCCGGGCUCGGUCGCAAGUCAUGUCGGAGGGAUGAGGAGCGAGGGGGAGGAGUGCGGCGCGGGGCCAAUUUUUUGCUUAUUCACCCGCCCGGUGACGAUCACACAGCUCGCGCCGCUGCCAGGGGCGCUUGUCGCGGCCUGGACCUAUCCUGGCGAGGGCCAGGGCAGAUGCCGAGGGAGUUGCUGACUGCACAACCUCUGUCAUGCAUUAAUUGCACGCUCCUCCCUCCCCCCUUCCCCCUCCGAUGCCCUGCCCCCUCCUCCCCCUCCUCCCGCCCUGGCCUCGUCCGCGCCUGGCCCCACCGCAGCAGAGGCCUACCCCUGGGGACACCAAAGGGGUGGCGGUAUGGGUACCUUUCCUCCGAAUCCCUUCGGCGACGUCGUGCCCCUUGCGCCGCGUGGGCCCCCCAGGAGGGCCCCCUCCGCCCGGCGCCCCUCGGAGCCUCGCGGGUGUGCCCUCCGCCGGAUGGGGCGGCCGCGAGGGGAGCGGGCCCUGAGGGAAGCGGACCCCAAGGCUUACGCCGGGCAUGCCCCU